AUGUUGGCGUUUUGCCUGCUCAGCGCCGUGUGGCUCGCGGCGAGCCCGGCCCGCGCUCAGAACGAGACGGAACCAAUCGUCCUGGAGGGGAAGUGCCUAGUGGUGUGCGACUCCAACCCGACCUCGGACCCCACGGGCACGGCACUCGGGAUCUCGGUGCGCUCGGGCAGCGCCAAGGUGGCGUUUUCCGCAGUCCGGAACACCAACCACGAACCCUCCGAGAUGAGCAACCGAACCAUGGUCAUCUACUUCGAUCGGGUUCUAGUAAACGUUGGAAGGAAUUUUGACGAAGAGAGAAGUAAUUUCAUCGCGCCGCGCAAAGGGAUUUACAGUUUUAACUUCCACGUAGUGAAAGUCUACAACCGCCAAACUAUACAGGUGAGCCUGAUGCACAACGGCUGGCCGGUGAUUUCGGCGUUUGCAGGUGACCAGGAUGUGACGCGCGAGGCGGCCAGCAAUGGUGUUCUGAUCCAGAUGGAGAAGGGAGACCGGGCCUACCUCAAACUGGAGAGAGGAAACCUAAUGGGAGGAUGGAAAUACUCCACCUUCUCUGGCUUCCUGGUGUUCCCCAUGUAG